AUGUUGAACGUGAAACUAAACUGCAUAUGGUUGCAGUUAGGUUGGGUUAUGGCUAUGUUUAUCAUGGAAUUGGCUGGUGUAGAUGACAAUACAGAUGCCAUUCAGCAAGAAGUAGACAAUCUGCAUUUAUGUAGUUCUGCAAGCACAGAUAGUAGAUCAUCCGAUGAUGAGUCGAGCCGAAACAGCUCCAGACUAGUCGCUAUUUUAAAAGCGUUUGGGAUAAUUAACGAAUCUGAGGGCAGAGCUAAUUACACCUUGACAAAACUCGAGUGCAGACCAGCCUCAUUGGGCUACACAAACUGGGAGCUUAUCUUUAACUCAGAGAACACUGAAGACACUAAAAAUACAUGCGAUCUUACUUUGACUUUUGACAUAGCUACUCAAACUCGAAUCGAUCAGUUGAAGACAGUAAAUAAGCAAGAAUCUACAAAUCAGAGGGAGGCAAUGAUAACAAAAGAAGUAGGUCAUUUGGAGUUUUUGGGAACAGCAACCAACAAAGAAAGUAAGGCAGUCCAAGCAUUCUUAGAUUUACUGCAAGUCACGCAACCUUUGAAAAUCAAUAUACGAUGGUGUGAUCAUACAAUGUGGGAAACUAGAACAGCUCGAGCUAAUAUAGAGAUUGUAAAUGCUUCUAUUCGGGUUUGGAUAGAAGAAGAUCUCGAUACGUGGGUGCCGGUAUUUGAGGAGAUCGAAAGAAAACACUGCCUCCCAGUAAUUAGGCCGUCGCUUGAGUUAUCUAAUGCCCUUGAUGUCUCAAUGCGGUCCAGGUGA